AUGACAAAACGCUUAUCUAAAAGUACUAUAAACAUUGAUGAACGUGUUAACAUUAAAUUUCUUGUUAAAUUAAAAAAAACUGCCGUGGAAUCAUUUUGUAUAUUAUGUGAAGUUUAUGGUGAAGAAUGUUUAUCAAGAGCUCGCAGUUUUAAAUGGCACAAACGGUUUUGCAAUGGAGGAGAGGACGUGGAAGACGAUGAUCGUUCUGGAUGUCCUACCACAUGUUCAUCAAACGAAAACGUUGUAAAAAUCGACAAAAUUAUUCGGCAAGAUCGUCGAUUAAGUGUUAGAGCUGUAGUAGAAAUUGUAAAUAUUGAUAGAGAAAGUGUUCAUAAAAUUUUAGUUGAAAAUUUUAAUAUAAAAAAAGUGUGUGCUAAAAUGGUCCCUAAAAAUUUGAUGAUUGAUCAAAAAUUCAAUCGCAAAGAAAUUUGUUCUGACACUUUAAAAAUCAUCAAUGAUAAUCCAUCUUUUAUAAAUAAUAUCAUUACGUGUGAUGAAACGUGGAUUUUUACAUAUGAUCUUGAAACUAAAAGGCAAUCCAUACAUUGGAAGACACCAACUUCCCCAAGAAUGAAGAAAGCACGAAUGAGCAAGUUGAAAUUCAAAGCAAUGCUCAUUGUUUUCUUUGACAUUAAGGGAAUCAUUUUUGUUGAAUGGGUUCUUAGUGGGUAAACUGUCAACCAAUAUUAUAAUAAAGAGGUAUUAAUUAAAAUAAAAGAAUUUGGUAGAAAAAAGCGACCAGAUCUGUGGAAGAAUGGCUGGGUUCUUCACCAAGACAAUGCUCUAGCUCAUAGUGCAUUUUCAAUUCAAAGUUUUUUAACUGAAAAAAUAUUUCUAUACUUCAACAUCCCCCGUAUUCGCCAGAUCUUGCUCCUAGUGACUUCUUCUGAUUCCCAAAAAUUAAAAGUUUAUUAAAAGGAACCCAUUUUUAAACGGUUGAUGACGUAAAAAUGAAAACGGCAGAACUUCUAAAAGGGCUUUCUGAAAGCGAUUGGCAACAUUGUUUUCAAGAAUG